AUUCCAAAUUCAAACACUACUGACUUCACCACUUUCUUCCCCCCAACCUAAAUCCCCAUGUCUUUCUUCACCCGCUUCCUUCUCAUAAAUCUCGCCAUUUUCCAAUGCCUUUCCCUCCUCUGUCUCGCCGCCAAGGACUUUGAUUUCUUCUACUUCGUUCAAAGUUGGCCUGGCUCUUACUGCGACACUCGCCGAAGUUGCUGCUAUCCCCAGGCUGGAAAACCCUCCCCUGACUUCAAAAUCCACGGCCUUUGGCCCAAUUACAACGAUGGCACUUACCCCUCUAAUUGUGACUCAUCCAACCUCUUCGAUCCAUCCCAGGUGUCAGAUUUGGAGGACAGCAUGCAGCGGGACUGGCCAUCACUCGCUUGUCCAAGCAGCGACAGCACCAAAUUCUGGGCGCAUGAGUGGAACAAACACGGUACCUGCGCCGAAUCCGUCGUAGACCAACAUGCAUAUUUCAAGGCCGCUCUCAAUCUUAAAACCCAAGCCGACAUACUCAAAGCUCUUCAAACCGCAGGAAUAAACCCAGAUGGAGGUAGCUACAGUUUGAGUAAGAUCAAGAGUGCCAUUGAAGAUGGAGUUAAGCUGAGCCCUGGAAUCACCUGCAACACGGAUGAGUCCGGCAACAGUCAAUUGUAUGAGGUUUACUUCUGCGUUGAUUCUUCAGCCUCCAACUUCAUCGACUGCCCUGUUUUCCCAGAAGGAAACUGUGAUUCUUCCGUGGAGUUCCCCGAAUUUUAGGGAUUUCAUGAUCUGUUCAUGUUUUAGGAAAAUCAAACCUGUGUAAAAUGGUUCACUCCAUAACAUAUUCAAUAACGAGACAAGGUUGAUUAA